CUUUGGAGGCUGUAACAUACUCGUGCAUACUAACUAAAAGCUACGAAACUAUAUUUGUCAUCUUCAUUUACCGUCAGUAGUUUCAUCAUGGCGCCGAAAGUGGACGUGAGAGAGAUAAAGAGAACACAGUUAUGAGAGCAUCGUAAUACAUGAAAUGAAAGUGUAUCCAGGUCACCAGAAAUCCAAGGGAUACAAAGUUAAUGGAGACUCAGUUCUGGGUUUCUUGAAUUAUGGUUAAUACAUCUGUAUUGAAAACAGUGAUGGGUGUUUGCAGAGGUGAAAGGGUCUUACAUUUUCAAGACUAGAUGGAAACAUAUAUACACUACACACUUUUCUUUUGUAAAUUAUGAAAUGUUGGUGCAUUAUGGCAAAAGGAAAAGUCACUGUCUCAGUUGAGAUCAAGUUUUUGGAAGCUGUUUUCUUUUACUUCUGAUGCUGUUACACUCGAACAACACUGAAAACCCAGAAAGAAAGAAAGCAGCAUACAGUCUAUGGCAUGGAUGCACAGGUUUCAGAAAUUCAUGAAAGGUGGCCCUGAUGCAUGGAUCUAAAGAUGGCCAGAAAGACAGAAGGACGGAUCAUUAAUGUCAGUGUUAUUGGACUGUCAGGCACCGAGCGAGAAAAGGGUCAAUAUGGUGUUGGCAAGUCCUGUCUUUGCAAUCGAUUCAUUCAUCAGAUUACAGACAAGUAUCACCUGGAACACAUCUCGGUUCUGAGCCAAAGUGAUUUUGCUGGCCGAGUCAUCAAUAAUGACCAUUUCCUGUUUUGGGGUGAAACUACGAGGACAGAUGAAGGUAACAUCUACACAUUUCAAGUUGUGGAACAGACAGAGUUCAUUGACGAUGUCUCAUUUCAACCGUUCAAGACUGGACGCACUGAACCGUAUCUUAAACGAAGCAUAUCAACCAAGGUUCAAUCAGCUGAAAAAUUGAUGUACAUCUGCAAGGAUCAAUUAGGUAUGGAGACUGACAACUCUUAUGAACAGAAAUUAAUGCCAGAGGGACGACUCAUUAUUGAUGGCUUUCUUUGCUGUUUUGAUGUCAGUAUGGUUCCACAGAGAUCUUGUGAAAAGCAAGUGGAAUUUGUGGCAUCUUUGUUAACAGCAGCUCUCAAGACCAAAAAACCUGUAGUACUUGUGACUACAAAGCAUGAUGAUUCUGAUGAACAGAUGUUACGUGAGACUGAACGUCUUUUGAAUCGUCGGGAAAUAAAAAACUGUGUGCAACUGGUAGAAACUUCUGCGCACAAAAAUGUCAAUGUUGAUGCAGCUUUUAUGUUACUUGCACACAUGAUCGAUCGCACUAAGACGCGCUUUAAGAUCCUGCCUUAUGUUGAAGCUGCUCGCCAGAAUGAGAUUGGCUGUCAGGUUGCAGCAGAAGCCUACCAGCACCUUCUUCAAACACAUGUGUUAAAUCCAGGUGCUUCAUGGAAUACAUGUCUGCGACAGUUCAAGUUGGAGCAAGCUUUUUGUCAUUAUGUUGAUCUUUUUGGAACAGAGAAAGCUCAUAGGGAGUUUUUGCGUCACAUCAAAGAUAUGCACGAUGACCAGAUAACCAUACGUGAAAAACGAUACCUUCAUCAGUUGCCUCAUCUUUUGAAGCUGUAUUUCCCUGAUUUGGAAAAUAUUGCAGACAGGGGAUGGGGUGCAUUGCAGCAGACAUUAAAAAAUCAUCCGGAGUUCCACAAACAUUUUGUUGAGGUGUGUCUUCCAGGAGAAAGCUGGAAAAGUAAGGAUGCAUUUGUAAAUAGUGAAGAUGAGAAAAGGAUCCCAUUUGACUUGCUCAGUUCUUCUGAAGCAGAAAUUUGCUUUAGAAACCAUCUAAAUGAUCUCCAGAUUCAGCACAAGAAAAAAGAAUUACGUCAUCAGUUCAAAAAACUACUGGAAGAAACUACUCAGGUGAGUGUUGGUCGUCCACUUACUGAGACUUAUGUCUUCUUGGUGAGCAAGGAGUGUUACGCUGGUCUGACUGAAAGUGAACGUUGUGCUGUAUAUGAGGACCACCAGCAGGAGCUACGAAGCCAGGCACAGCGUUCUUUCCAUGAACUGCUUUGGGAGCACUCUGAUCUUUUUCUGACUUUUACUGCCACUCAGCGCUUUACACACGAUGACUUGAGUCUGAUCAACCAAGCUUUGCACCAAGAUGAAAGGUACCAGCGUUUAUCUCGUAUGGAAGAGGAACGCAAGGUCAUGAUUCUUAAUCAUCUUGGAUUUCUUCAAUGUCCUUCUCGUGACCGAUGUUAUUAUCGAGAUGAGUGUGUUGAUAAUCAACUUGUUCAGAUUCUAGAAGGUCUGGGAGGAAGGUCUGACAUGAAAGAUGAUGAGUCACUAGCUGAUGAACCUGUACGGAACAGCAAUCUUAACCUGGUUAUAUUGGGCAAGGAUGGCUUAGCCACAACUCUAAAUCACUACAUUCGAAGUCUUUGUUGUGAUGACGAAUACACGCACAGAGGUGUUGUUUAUGGACUGGAUUAUCGACCUGUUGAUGGUGAUGUUAGUCGUGAACAGAAUGCUCUUGUCACAUCCAGCUUUAAGCCACAUGGGUGUAUCUGUGUCUUCAAUUCGGAGGCAACACUGGACUAUGUACAGAACAGUCUUGAGCAGUCCCUUCUGUUGUAUCCUGAGAGAGAUCCACCCAUGCAAGGUAUACCAGUGGUGUUGAUGCAGGCCUCACUGACUGGACUUUCUCAAAAGCGUGUUGAAAUUCUACAAGACAGAGCACAGCAGCUGGCAAUCAGAUUGAAUGCUGACCUCAUCACUUCCACAGAGGAUGAAUUGGAGGAUUCAGACAGAUCUGAAAACAACUCAGAUGCUGUGGAUGACAAUACGUUGUUUAGAGAUUCUGAACUCCAAACAGCACUGGAGACUAUCAUUUUUAGAACCAUCAUUGGGUUGGAGAGCAGUUCACAGUGUCCUCUUCGAAUAACCAUGUGUAUAAUGUGUGGUGAUCCAUUUCCUUUGAAAGUACCCCUGGGACCAUUGUUAAAAUCAGAAGGUCUGCAAAUAGGACCAGAAAAUCCAUAUUCCUUGACUUUGCAGGCCUAUCUUGAAAGCCAUCGUCAACCAGUUGAAGUAGAAGUAACAUCUUACCAUGGACGACCACCAUUAUCCUACAGGUCUCCAAAACAUGGCUACAUUCUGGUGUAUUCAGCACAGCGCCGUGCUUCAAUGAAUACGCUUAGGUCAUUUGCGUCUCGGUUGCCAGCAGUUCCCAAGCUAAUUAUAGCUGUUGCUGACAGUGAUGGUGCUGCUCAUCUGUUCUUCAAGGACUGCUCAAGUCAAGUGUUGAUUCGUGAAGGCAAUCAGCUGGCGGAUGAACUUGGAGCUCUCUUCAUGACCACAACUGCCACAUUCACACAGCAGACUGCAGCAUAUCUUCCCUUCUUCCGUGAGGUUCUUGAUUUGAGAGAGCAGUCAGAGGCUGCUUGCCUGGCUCCUAUUGAAGAGCCAUGUCCACCGGCAUAUGAAGACAGCCGCUCAACCUACAUGGACAAGAGACCACCAGCUCCUCUUCCUAAGUACUAUGACGCAGGCCAGACAAGAAGCAACACAAGUAACAGCCAAAGCACAGAUUCGGAGCCUGUAUAUGACCAGCCAAAUCUGUAUCAAAGCCACUACUCAGACAGUGAGCAUGAGCGAGCCUCUUCUGCAUCUCCGCCAGCCACUGAUGAUAUCUACUGUGAGGUUCAGAGUCAGGAGCAACUUGUGAAGCCAAGUUUUGUAUUCACUCGCAGAAAUAUUAACAAGGCAUGGGCUUUGAAUGACCAACAGAGACCAAAGAUUAAGGGACAUGCUUCUUUCAUCCACAAACAGACUUCUUGUAGUGAAGAUGAUGCCUGCUGUUUGGAUUCAUCAGACUUUAAGAAAGAUAUCGAAGCUAGUCAACUUUAUCAAGAAGGAAUCAAACUUCAGUGUUCUCAUAAAGACUUCAGCCGUGCAGCUUCGUCUGACAGUAUUUCAAGUCUGCAGUCACAGAGUUCUAAAGCCUUUGCUUCUUUUAGCAACGGUCAAGUGUAUGCCCCAUUGGCAGUUCCAGAACCAGUUGAAAUAGCUGACUAUUCUCUAGUCAAGGAUGCAGUUACAUGUGAAGAAAUGGAUAGAGAUUAUGCUUUGGUGGAUGAUGCCUUGCCUCCAGGACAGCUGCAUCGUAUUUUUUCAGCCAAAACACCUGUGAGAUAUCAAACAGACUCUGGGGAUUCAGACUCAAGCCCUGUUGGAUGGAAAAAAGAAAGUAGAGGACAGAAGAGAGACAAGUUAAUAGAAUGCAGUCACCUGAAGAGCUACCGUAAAACUAGAUCAGGCAGGGAAGUGUCAGAUUCCAAAAGGGUUUUGCGGCAAUAUCAUGGUGCCAGUGUUGAGAACAGCAGUUCCCAGUCUGAUGAAAGUGAUACAGCUGAUGAACUGAACCAAAAACAAAAGCAAAAGGCCAGUCAUGCUUCCCCUAGAACCAAUCAAGCCCAGUCAUCAUAUGUUGCCAACACAUUAGUUUCUGGUGGAGAUCUUGCAGUAUCGUCUGAAGGUCACAAUGAUGAAACAUUGUAUGAGUCAGUGAUGCACUUCAAAACACUUCCAUUGGCCCCAGAGAGUGAUUCAAAUGAUAACAGUCGCUGGAGUGAUAGGUUCCGCAGCUUUAGAACUUUGAAAGAGCCAGGAAAGCAGAGGAAAAAGGAAGAAAGAAAAAGACUGAAGGAAGAAGGAAAGAAAUCACGGGAAACUCAAAAGUCCAAAUGGAAGAAAAAAGAUGGCAAGACGCCAGUUCCGGCCCAAAAAUGCUGCUUAGAAGACUUUCUUUCCUCUCUCUCCAAUCCUUUAGUCCCUUUGUUUGUGGAAAAAUGUGUCAACUAUAUAGAAGCUGAAGGUAUGAAUACAGAAGGGAUUUAUCGUAUCCCAGGCAACCGUGGCCAGGGUGAGCUUUUCAUCAAUAAAUUUAAAGAAGAUCCCAAUGUAGACAUUGCAGCACUUGAAAUUCCUGUGAAUGCUGUAGCAACAGUCCUGAAAAGUUUCUUCAACGAUCUUACAGAGCCUCUUGUGCCUACUUUUCUUCAUGAUGAGCUGAUAGAGGCAGCAGGCAUGCCAGAUAAAAGCAGUCGCCUCCUAAUGCUUCGUGGUGUAGUUAAAAAAUUGCCUGAACAAAACCUUGAGGUUCUGAAGUUUCUUAUUUGUCAUCUUUACAGAGUCUCAGAGCGGCAUGCAGAAAAUAACAUGGAUGCCAAGAAUCUCUCACGAUGCUGGUGGCCAACAAUACUGCGGAUGGAGUUUUCUUCCUAUGAAUCAAUGCUUCGCAACUCUUCCUAUCCUGAAGACAUAGUCCUCUCACUUAUAGAACAAUGCAGUUUUUUCUUUCUAGGUGGUGAUGAAGUCUAACUUGAGUCGUCGUUUUUUGUGAAGAGUUGUCUGUCCUUUGCAACGAUUUGUGAAAAGGGGAAAUUUGCUUCCCUCAGUAAAUUAAAGGUAUUCUCCUACUUUUUGGAAGGAAUAUCUUUUUAAUUGUGAGUUUAAUAGUGUGUGUACAGAAAUAUGCUUGUAAUGUUCAAGGGACUGUGCAUUCACGAGUGAAGCGUGAUUUUACAUUUCAUAAUACAGGGUUGGUGAUCACCAAUUCGUACAAUUUGUCUCAUGUGUUUGCAUGAAACUUCUGUCAAUCUGUGGAUGAAAAAUGAUGCUUAACUCUCAAUAAUUUGGAAGAUAGAGAUCUUCUAACAGUUUUACAGUGUAAGGUGCUUAUGAUUUUGUCAUUUGUAAGAUUAACAGCACUUAACUGUGGUUCAGAUGAUAACAGAGUGAAAGUUAGUAUGUCAGAUGAGAGAGAGAGAGAAAGAUUAAAGAGUGGUUCACAUGGGUGAUUCUCUGCAGACUGCAAGGUACAUGAGUAAGCAAAGUGUUUGUAAGAGAGUGACAAGGUCAUAUGAAUACAUAUACACACGUGCUUGUUUUGUAUACCAGCAAAGGUAUAGACUGUGUUACUGGUGAAUAAAAGACAUACAGGAGAUGCAUGAUCAUUAUACUAUUCUUACGAGAGGGUUGAUGAAUGCAUGUGUCACACUACAAGAAGGACAGUAUUUCAGCAUGGUAGCUCUGGAGUUACAAAUUUGAUAUUAAGUUGUUUAUAAGCCUUGUCAAAUGUCUUCAUUGUAUAAACCUGUUUUGUCAUUUGUGAUGAGAAUUUCAUUUAUAUUGUAGUUAAUAUAAAAGGGACAUUAACGCUUACUUAGCACUACUUGUGCUGAUUUUUUUAAGACCCUCAUUUAGCCUUGACAGCCUUGAUGUGACCAGACUGGCUAUUUUUUUUUUUUUUUUUUUUUUGCUGUCCAUACAGAAUGUCUUUUUAAGGAUGACCAUUCCGCUCAAAAUGGUCUUUGUAUGCUUGGGUGUGUGUACAUUUGUCUGAAGGUGUGUAUGAACGUGUGUACUUGUGUGUUCACAGAAAAGUUUUUAAAAGUUCUUUUGAAUUCAACAGUCCUGGCAUUAGUUUAACUAGUCUUUUGGUUAAAAGAAGAAGGAAACUUAGAGGGAAAUAAAAAGAAAAUCUCCCAAUCUUAAGAACAAGUUUCUUUAUGGUAUCUCGUGUUCAGUGUCUAUUUUGUUACUAUUGACUCUGCCUAGAAAGCUCAGAUUAUGAGUUGCUACUAGCCAAAAAAAAAAAAAUCCUAUUCUUAAACCUAUAAAAAAAUAUUAACAUUUUAAAAAACAUUAAGUCUUGAUAAAAUAUAUGGGAUAAGACUGCCAGGUACCUUAAACUUGAAUAGAGACUUUUACCACAUAAUAAGCAAAAGAUAAGUAUAACAGAGGGAUGGCACAUGUCCUUGUUCACUCUUUCACUCAUGUCUCACCUGCCAAGAUAUAUAGUAAAUGCAUGCACACAUGUACUAUCAUAUUUGCUCUCACACUGUUCUCAUUAUCUUAUUUACAAACAUAAUAAAAAGACGUAGGUAUUGUCUAAUUCACACUCUCCUCUCCUUCCGUGUUUCUUUAAAGAAAAUACUGCAAAUUUACGAGAAAGAUGAGGGGUGAUAAAAAUUGUACGUCCUCAGACUUUCUAAACCAAUCUUCUGGUGACUUUCACAUUGUCAUGGUGUAAACAAAUCAAAAUAAAAUCUAGAAAACUUGAAGCUAUUAUUAGUGUCAAUACAAUUUGAUAGAAUUUUAACAGCUAAGGCUAACUACAGUAAGUACAUUGUUAUGUUGUUAAAAUUCCAUUGUGUAUUAGAUUUUGUACAUGUGUUCACGAAAGAAUCUUUUUUACAAGCAUACUUUAAAUGAUAUUCUUGAAAAACAAUAAUGACAAGCAACCACAUUAUACACCAAAAAGAUUUCUGCUGCUGGAUACACAAUUUUUAAAUUGCCAACACUUUUGAGCACAAAGUUUCAACACUGAAGGGAGCAAUUUUCAACACUAAGUGCACAUAGGAUAGUGUCUUGAAUAAUAAAUUAAAUGCAAUAAUUUUGUCAUAAAUGGAAAUAAGACUUCAAUUCUAGCAUUUAAAACCUUGAAAGUUUUUUUUUUUUAAUUUACUGGGCCUGAAGAUCAAGGCCACUAGGAUUAGCAUAUGCAUGUUCUGUUUAUGUCAAAUGUUAAGUUUUAAAUAUUUUUAGAAAAUUAGGCCAAGCCAGAGUUCCAAUAUUUAAUAUCAGUGUUAGUUUACUGUCAAACACAUACACAUGUUUUUGCAAGUUGGGUAAUCAAUUUUGAACACACAAAGUUGUUAUUCUCUAGAAUUUCAAUUAUUAUUUUUGAAUGAAGUACCAAAUAAUUAGGCUAAACUAUUAACAUUAAAAAAAUUCACAGCAGAAAGCAACAGCUAGUUGAGAAUCUGAUGUGUAUUUGGCUAGUUAUUGAAAGGCUAAACAUUUUUUUGUCAUCAUUUGGGCUUGUAUCACAUACUGACAUACUUGUAUCACAUAAUACCUGUACAGUUUUGUAAUAUAAAAUUCCUCCCUUUUUGUGAAAAUUGCUAAACAGCAGACUGUCUUGAUCACUUUUGGUGCAUAUUGAGAUGCUUCUGUCAUUAUUAUGACUAUUACUCUUUAGCCAGUUUGGCUAUUAAAAUAAAUUGGGGCUAGCUGGGAUCUUUUAUUGCCAAUUUCUCACCCUGUGAUGACUUGCUGUAUGGACAGUAUACAUUUAUGUUUUCACUGAUAUUUACUUGCUUUCUAUGGCUUACCGGUCCAUGUUUGCUGAAUGGCAAAGAACCAGGCUUAUUUCACCAUGUAGAUGACCCUUCACCAACCCCGAAACUCCCUCUCAUGCAGAUACACAUCAGUAACUUGAGGAAAUUCAAAGUUGUUUUUUUUUUAAAUUCUAGGUUGUAUUUGCAUUUGAGCUGAAAGUGUUACGUGAAGAUGUUUGAAACUCAUGUGAAAGUUUCCGAUGCAUUAAAAACAUGUUCAAAUUGUA